GUGACCGCAAAAGGUGUGCCUGAUGUUCCGAUGUCAUGGAUGACCGACCUGCAGCUGGGGCUUAUCAAAAUUCUAGGACAGCUGGCUGGAUGCACAUUGAGUUCUAAUCCAACUGUGCCACAUGAUCCUCCAGGAGGUUGUGAUGAGUCGUCUGAACAAGACAUUCUCCGGAGUGAUUUGUGGACAUCUCUGUUUAGAGGUGGAUACAUGGUUGGAAAGUUACAGAGGUCCUUGUCUGGGAAAUUUGCAACAGGCGAUGAGAGUCGAGUUCACUCAUUUCUCUUGGAAGUUGCAAGUUUGGGAGGCAAGAAAACAGAUGAAGAAGAAGGCAGUGGAGAUGACAGUCUGAAGAAACAGGCCACAUACUUUCUUGCCAAGUGUCAAGAGAUCAUGAAAACAAAAGCAUCAGUGUUGAUUGGAGGUCCCAAGGUCGAUGCAGCAAUUAUCUCCCUCUUUGUAGCUUUGGUGUGGCAUUGCCAGCAGCUUCGUGAGGAUGUGGAAAAAUUCUUGACUUCUGGAGAGCAAGCAGAAAUCUCUGAGGGUAUCAGUCAAGCCUACACCACUGCAGAAUCUGCAAGAAUACAGCUGGCAAGUGAGAGGCAGAAGUGGAAUUCUUCAGAAAACAAGGAUGAAGAUCUUGAUCCAGCGGAGAUCUUGUCUGCCAAAGCUUUGUUCCUGCUGAAGUUUGCUGGGCUAACCAAAGUACAGCUCAGGCAAGAGCUACGUACUAAGAUUUCUAAGCAAAUGAUGUUGAAGAAAGCUGGCAAUACCCGGCCCAUUAUGAGGAAUGAAGUCAUGGAUAAAUAUCCAUCCUUUCGUCUUGUCGUGGAGUUUGUGCAUGACCCAGCUUGGACAUCUGAAAGGGUGCACCAGAUGCUUCAGGAGCGCACCAAGUUUGCAUCAGCCAUCAGUGACAUUUACAUGUUUGCUGCAGAAGUAAUACGGGUCAUGUCUAACAACAAUCCAUUCCAGAUCUCAGUGGUGCUGUUUUUCCGAGAGAUGUUUGCCUACCAGGACAAAUUUGCCAAGCACUAUGCAGAGGGACUUGAUGGCUGUGGUUUGGAGCAAGAAUCUAAAGUACGUAGAUCUUACUACGCUCUUGUCCGGAGACUUGUGGAUGCUUUUAAAAACCCUCCUGGGCAAGAGAUGGACAGCAAACUGUUGCCUGCAUAUGAUUUUAUCCAAUGCUGUUUGCUUCAUUUGCUGGAUAUUGACUGGCAGCCCUAUGACUUGACAUUCGUCAAUGAGAUUCAGCUACCUCAGCUGCUGCUGAGCAUUGCGAAAGAAACUGUAAAGAUGAGAGACUUCAAUGUGGCUGACAUGAAGGAGGAAGAUGAAAUUGCUGAGUAUGAACAGUCGAUGAAAUGGUACAGUGAAAUUAAUGCCAAUGAUAUCAAUAACUGGUUCUCCAUGAAGGAAGGAACCAAGGAAGAUAAGAAGCUGCUGCAGACCCUGAAAAUGUUUGUGGCCAGGUUCUCUGAUGUUCUGGAUGUGGAAAUCUCUUGUGAUGGAUGUGGAGUGACUCUUCCUGGGCGGAGAUAUCGUUGCCUUCAGUGCAUGGACAUGGAUCUUUGCAAUGCUUGCUUCUCUGGUGGUGUGGAACCUGAGGAGCACAGGGAUAACCAUGAGAUUGUCCACCUUGUGUACAAGUGCAACCAUUGCCAGGCUUUCAUUGUUGGGACCAGAAUCCAUUGCAAUGAGUGUGACGACUUUGAUCUCUGCCUAGGCUGUCACACCAAACACAAAUUCCCCCCAGGACACACAGAGAGUCACGACAUCACAAGACUACCCAUGGUGAAAUUAAAAACGAGCCAGUUAAGUAACUCCUCCCUGAAGGCAUACAUUCACCAGCAUGUGUGGCUGCUUUACACCUCGCUGACUCUCACACUUAGUGAUAUUGUGUACGGACGGGAUGCGGGCAUCAUGUACCUGGACUCCGACUACAUCAAGAUUGCUGGGCAGCUGCAGCAGCAGUGCAUCACACAGGCAAUCGAUUGCCUCAACCAUGUCACAGGAGAAAUUGAUGGAGAGGCUGAGAAGGAGAUGCCACUUGAGAAACGGCGAGAACAGAGAUUUGCCAUGCACUCUCAGGAGAGGAUCAUGGGACUGCUUGGAGCUGUCAUGCCUCACAAUGAAAAGAAGGAGCAGUUAACUGGGACUGGCUUCAACUUUUGUACAGAAGAAUUUCUCAACCACCUGUUGAAAAUUUCAAGGGGAGAACAAGGGCAUGAACUCAACACCCAACAUCUGGCACUACGUUUGACUGGGAGACUGUUGGCUACUAGCGAUCCAAAGUUGGCAGAUGAUGCAACUCAGAAGAUGAUUGGAACUGACAAUAAAACAACCAUACCCGGACAACAUACCAUUGCUCACCUGUUCUCCUUUGGAGCUAAAGCUUUUGAAAAGAGUGGCCUUGAGUGGGCCUGUUCUGUGGCCAGGAUGUUGGAGAUGCUGUUUACCACUCACCAAUGGAAGCCAGCCAUACACCAGCACAUCUCUCACUGUGUCCAGUCACUCAAACAUAAUGUACAAAUCUCUUCAGUGUUUCCCAUGUUUGUUAUAGCCGGAUUUCCAGAGGUGUUGACAACAGGAACACUGGUAGACUACAGCUAUACCUCACUAGAUAACCAGAGCGGAGUUGUGCUGCGACAUUUUGCCGACAAAUACCAGACCUUGGUUGUUGAUCUGAAGACAAGGAAGCGACACACGGUCAAGGACCAAUUGGUAAAAUGUCAUACUGAGGCAACAGAUGACCUGGAAACAGAAAGUGUGGCCAAAUUUGUGACCUUUGUCGUCGAUUCUGUUGCUCGCAUCAGGGGAGGAGAACAGUUAUCUGUGGAGACACUGUGGAUCAUCUCCCUUGCUCUGAAAGUGCUUAACCAGUGUUUCAAGAAUGAAAGGGUUUCAUCCAUUAGCAAGAAGAUCUUCUCAAGCAGCUUUAUCCAGUCCCUCGUCUACCUGGCAUGUACUGGUACAGGCUUGAACCAGAACUGGCUUCUCAAGGAUCUGGAAGUUCUGUCUCUUAUUUGGUACACCCACGAUGGCUCUUCUCUGAAGAAGACAAAAAUGAGCAGUCUAAAGGAGAAGACCAAAAAGAGACAGUCUGAAGAGAAGGAUGUCAAGGACCCUUUCAACAACAACAACAUUGAUGCUGCAUUCAAGGAGGAUGAUGAUAAUCUUGAUGAUAUUGAUGAAGAUGAUGACGACGAUGAUGAUGAUAGUAGUAGCAGUAAUUCUGAAAUGGACAACGAUAAAGAUUCUGACAGUGAUGAUCUGGACUGGCAGAGUGCACCUGAAAGUACUGAAGAUGAAGACAGACUUCUAGGGUUGACCAAGGCAGAAAGUGCUGAAGAUACUCUUUGGGGAGCAGUACAAGUUGAUCAGACAACAAAGGAUCUGUUACAGAGUCUGCAGACAGAGCUGGACAUUCCCCCUGCUGUUUUACGAGCAUUGUGUAACAUGAAUGAAGGCAAGACUGAAGGGAUCAUCAAGUCUAUAGUGGAGAACUUUGGUGAAAAUGAUGAACGAGUUAGCGGUUUCCUGGAGAAAUGGAAAUCCAACGCGGUGACAGGCAGUGAGAAAAAAGAUUCCCCCACUACUGAAGAUUCAGCCAUAGACACAGGAGUUUCUACACACCCGAGUGGUGGGAAAACUCGCAAAAUUCCAGAGGUAGCAGAUCCAGAGACGGGAGACAAUCCUCAGAAUCUGUUCAAACAGCAAGAGACCUUGGCAGGAGAGAUUGGAGAAAGGCUGCGAGGAAAGAGUGCACAGUUGCUCAAGAAGGAAUUAGAGAAACAUGGUCGAUCAGGAUCUCGGGAAUACCUUCUCAAAGUGAACAUGGCUAUGUGUGUUUUGUAUGCCCGACACACUUUGACCGGCCUCCUUGCCUACUGGCCAGACACUGGUCCAGCCAUCAGUUCCAGUCUGCUGGGCUGUAAGGAUGUGAAACAGAUUCCCUGUGUCCUGGACCUUCUCUACAAGAUUGACACACACAACUUUUUCAGCAAGGUUGUGAACAGAGUCAUACAUAUGUGUGACGCAGGCAGCCUGAUGCCCAUUGCUUACACAGCCGCCCAGUUCAUGGAGGAGGUGACCCUGCCAGCAGUCAUCCGAGAGUCCAACCAUGACUACACGGAGAAAGACAAGCGACGAGACAACAUCCAGCUGCCAGGAGCCUCUUACCUGACAGUCACAUUUGACAGCAGAUGUUCGACAGGAGAUGAAGACACUCUGAUGUUCUCAACACGGAAGCAGAUGGACAGUGAUCUUCAUGUUUUCUCGGGAUCAACCAGAGCUCGGUGGACAUCUUUUCUUCUGCCAGGUGACACCCUGUUUUAUAAAUUCUGCCUGGAUGAUUAUGACCCAGACCUGGGCAGUUACUGGGGUUAUAAGUUCACGGUGACUCCUGGAACACGGGACAGUUUUGAGACAGGGCACACAAUCCUGGAGGCAGUGUUGUCAUCUUCUGUUGCAAGGAUGCUGCCACUAGGCCAGCUGUGGUGCAGCUUGGUUUACGUUGCCUGCAAACAGCCAGGCAUCCAGAGACUCAAGGCCAUCAGCCUGCUGUUGAAGAUCAUAGCCCUGAAUAAAACUGCCCCACACAUUGAUCUGAAGAUACUAAAGCCGCUCUGGGAUCUCUACCAGAAUAUGACAAAAGAUGAAAAGGAUCCAAACAUGAUUCAGCCUGCAGUAGUUCGAUCUUUGACUGAACUUUUUCUUCACGCUGAAAAUCUGGCCAUU